GUGGUGCCCACGUGGGAGCCUUCCCCGCCUCCCCGGCCAGCCAGCCCGGGGUGGGCAUUCCGGGCCUGGGCGCCGGAGCCUUCCACAUGGGAGGAGUCCCAAGCAGCGUCUUCGGACCCCUCAGCCAGUCCCCCGCCAGCCCCGCGGCGGUCUUCGGGGUUCCCACCUGCACCAACCCCUUUGCCAGCCCGGUGCUCACCCAGCCGACGCUGCCGUCCACCAACCCCUUCCAGACCAACGGCUUCGCCCAAGGUAAGCCUGGCGUGGUCGUUUCCGCCGGGGCCUGA